UUGCUUUCAUACGAAUUCGAAGAACGCAAACGAGCGGACGUGUGUGUCGGAAAGAAAUAUAUAUAAACGACGGAAGUAAAUUUGUGCUUCGACAGAGAAACGGGGAAAAAUUAAGAGAGCAAAUAUAAGCUAACUAUAAUAAAUAGAAGCAAACGCAAAUAAAAAUUACCAAUUUACAUAAAAGUGCAAGUGUGUCGACUUAAAUUCAAGAAUAGCGAAAAAAAAAUAUACUUAGCUAAAUAAAAUAAAACCAAAAUCUAAUAAGCAAAAGAAACAAAUUGGUAAAACGAGUGCGAGAGAAAAAUGUGACAAAAAGUAAGCGCGACUACAACGAAUUUAAGCGAAUUAACAUAACAUGUAAAUGCGGAGCAAAAGGAACGAACAAGUGCCUUUUACACAACAACACCAACAACUACCAACACCAAACCCCGACUGCUACUAACCAACAACCACGCAUUUCGUGUAAAGUAAAUAAAUAAUUUUAAACAAAUUAAUUAGAGAACAUACGCUAUAAGUAAACUAAGUGUUUGAGCAACCAAGUGGGGAUGAACUCAUUGUUUAACUUCAAGCUCCGGAGUUAGACGCGCUACUGUUGCACUCAAGUCGUCAGAUAGUGGAUUACUAGACAGCAAAAAAAAUACACAUAUAUAAAAAUAAUAUAUUUACACAUGUAUGUGAGUAUAUGUACAUAAGUGUAUAACUAACUAGACGUCAGCAAGCCAAGUUAUUAGCUUGGAAUUUCGGCCAAGAAAGACACAGCAAGUGUAAUUGCGGAGAGUUAAAUGAGAGAGAUAGAGAAAAAGUAAAACCAAGUUUGAAGCUGACAAAAUUUGAGCUUAGAAGAAGCGAAGUGCAAGUUAAAAAAAAUAAAUUGAAACUAAAGAAUAUUUGAAAAACGCGUCAGAAUUGAAGAAAGCGAAUUUUCGAAAAUAACACAGUGUAUGCUUAGAGCCUAAAGACAUAGCAAGUGCUUUACAAUUUGGCUAACCCCACAACCCCUCACCACCUUUACCGCGCGCCAGUUACGAACAAGCGUGAAUUUUCAGCAAAAUUUUUCUUUGCCAAAACUUUUGAACCUUAAACAGUUUUCAUAUUCGUCGCCCAAAGUGCGCUUAUAUCAAACACACAAACAAACAAGCAUACAUACGUGUAUGAAUUAUCUAAUAGCCCAGCGGCGGUAAAAGCAGUAACAACAGCAACAACUGCAUAGUUACAGCAAAACAAUAAUAAUAGCAACAACGGCAGCAGCGUAUAAAUAAUUUUUAAAACUUAUACGGAAAAACAGCAACAACAACAAACACAGCGAGCAAAUCAACAGCAGCAAGCAGAUAACACAGGCGAAGCAAAAAAGAAAACACUAUUAAUUUACGUGCACUAAACACUAUUAUAUACAUACAUACAAACAAUCAAAGGUACGUGUGUAUGUAGAGACAACGCGGCGUACAGCAGAGAGAGGCAUAGCGCUCACAACGUGUCUACACAGCCACAUACAUUUGAUUUUGUGAUUCACUACGCUGUCGCUGCCUGCGUCGCAGCAGCCAAUAAUAAUAAUAACAGCAACAACAACAUCAAACACCCCACACACACACAAACAACAAUCAGAAGCGACUAACGUGUGUCGUGCGGCUGUCGAGUGUGUGUGCGAGCGUGACAGCAAGAGCGUGAGUCAUAAAAGUGAAAUGAAAAUGCGGGUAAAGAGAGAAUCACCGCUGCUCGUGCUGAGAUUUAGGACAAUCAACAGCAGAAAUGAUUGUAAACGAUCGACAAUUUGCGAUACACACGGCACAGCUUCGGCACCUGAGGCAAUGCCAUCAGAAGACUGCAACGAGGAUUGGUCCUCAACGGCGCCGCAAACUGGCAAUCGUUCGCCACUGAUGAGAAGCUGCUCCACACCAGCUGUUUAUGAUAUUGAAACUCAUCCCGCGUCACCAGUUUUCCCCCAUUUACUAUUGGGCAACGGCAAAGAUGCCAGCGAUCCGAGUAGUGUGGGCGCCAAUUGUGUUUUGAAUGUUACCUGCCAAGCACCCAGUUCAGGUCCAGCGCCGGGACUUAAAUAUAAACAGAUACCUGCCAGUGAUACGCCACAUCAAAAUAUCAAACAAUAUUUUCAGGAAGCCUACGAUUUUAUUGAGGAAGCACGCAAGACCGGCUCCCGCGUACUGCUGCAUUGUCAUGCGGGCAUAUCGCGCAGCGCCACCAUUGCCAUUGCCUACGUUAUGCGCUACAAAUCACUAUCACUAUUCGAGGCCUACAAGCUGGUGAAGGGGGCGCGACCCAUUAUCUCACCCAACCUCAACUUCAUGGGUCAACUGCUCGAAUUAGAACAAAAUUUGCGCAUGAGCGGCGUGCUAAAGCCCGUAUCGCCAGCCGCCACCACACCCACAACACCAACGUCUAGUCAAGUCGAAUUUACCAGCAGCAGCAGCAACAACGACAACAACAACACAAACGCCAAUGCUGAGGAUGUGGACGAAACAGAUGCCGCGCUAUUGCGCAAACGGCCCGGCGAUGCUAAGCGUAAAUUGUGCGCCAACGAUGAAGAUGCCGCCGAUGAUUUAUUCGAGGAUGCGCGCAGCACGCUCAGCAGUCACAGCAGCAGCGCUAGCAGCAGUAGUAAUUGCACAAAUAGUCAAGCAAUGCGACUGACGUGGCCACCGCCAACCGGUGCACCUGCAGUACUGCUCUCACCCUGCACCUCGACCGAAGCAUCUUGCUCAUCAUCAGUCUCAUCCUCCUCAUUGUCCGCCUCCUCGUAUGCUUCAUCGUCCGCCUCGACGCCGACUUCGCCGUCAGGUGCGCUGGCCAACACACAAUCGCCCUUCCUCAGCUACACACCGAACAACAUGCCGAAACGCCAUUCACCCGCCAAACUGCGUCUCAACUUACGUUCCACCUUUGCACCCAUACGACAGUCACAGUCAUGCAUGUCGAUACGCGAAGUGGCCGACGAAUCGUUGCCUGCAGCCACAGCAAACACCACGGGCCUGACGAUAGCGGCGUCAGCCAGCAGCAAUCACAGCAUACCGUCGUCGCCGAUGGCAAUGGAUCAGGAGAACAAUGUGGUGAUGGCCAUGUCGACCAGCGAUUGAGUACGCUAACUCUAAUAUACAUACAUGUAUACGCGUACACAUACGCAUACACAUAUACAUAUACAACAAUAAGGAUUCACUAGUUAUACUAUGUAUAUGUGUAGUGCAUAUUAAGCCUAAAGUUUAAGAACUUAACUAAAUUCAAAACAAAAAAAAUUGCAAAGCGACGUAAAAG